UGUUUUCCUCAUACCUUCGUCCAUACGCUGAACUUCUCAUCGCUUACAGUCCAGUCUGAUUCAGCUACACUCCGACUCCGAGAUCAGUGACCAAAAGCCCCGCGCGUCUUUUAUUCUAUGACAAGUUCAAGUUCAAGUGUUUUUAUGUUACGAUGAGCGACCCAUCCGAGCAUUCAAAAAGUUUGUGUACAGGGAAGAAUCCUGAAAAAACCAGUUCCCGCUAUGGUUACUCUAGCAGGUCAGCUUUUGCUCAGGUUAUAGCGACACUUAUCCAGAGCUGGCUUAUACUCGAGAAUGGUUUGCUUUUUGGUGCCCCUACUUUGAUUUUAGGGGCUUUGCAUGGAAACUCCUCCGCAGAGGGUCUCAGGAUGAACGACGACGAAGCCUCUUGGUUUGGGGCCAUACCUUCCAUCUGCACCCCUCUGGCGAGCUUCGCUUCAGGCUACCUCCAAGAUCGGUUCGGCCGGAAAGGAGUGGCUCUUCUGGCGAACAUUCCCAUUCUCGCGACCUGGUUGCUCCUGUACACGGCCAACUCAAUCCCAGCCCUCUACAUCGGCGCUGGAAUGAUGGGACUUAGCCAGGGACUCGCCGAGGCACCAAUCAUCUCGUAUACCGGCGAGAUCAGUGAGCCGCACUUGCGCGGUAUCCUGUCCACUAUUACGUCUACUGCCGUUAUGAUAGGUAUGAUCAUCAUGUUUGUCCUGGGUUACUACUUUGACUGGCGAACAGCGACAUUGAUCAGCGCUGCCUUCCCAAUGAUCACCAUUGCAGUCAUGACUCAGAUUCCCGAAUCGCCAACAUGGCUACUGGGGAAGAAUCGACUGGACGAUGCUAAAAGGUCCUUAUGCUGGCUCAGAGGUUGGAUUAGCAACGAGGAAAUAGAGGAAGAAUUCCAGAAUUUGGUCAAUUAUACAAGAAAUUCUGCUAAGGAAGAUUGCAGUGCAACUUCGAAUGGACAUGUGCAAGAUAGUUGUAACGUUAAAAGUGAUGGCUUUUUAAAAACGCACUAUAACAUUUUGACGCGCAAAAAUGUUUUGCGUCCUCUUCGACUGGUGAUGCUGACUGCCUUUUUUACUUUUGUGGCUGUUCUUGUCGGCAUGAGACCUUAUUACAUCAAUGAACUGAAAGCCUUGAAUAGCCCUCUGGACCCAAAACUUCUAUUGAUAAUCGGGCAAUUUUUAUUCAUUGGUGGCGCCGUCACAAACAUGGCUGUUUUGUGGAUGACCGGGAAGCGGAAGCUAGUCCUCUUCUCUUACUUGACGGCAGCUAUCUCAAUCCUAGGCUUGGCUGCCUACAGCUCUUUCCUUAAGGACUCGGCGACGUGGGUCACCUGGAUCCCUAUCGUCUUACUCUGUGUCAUCAGCUUCCUCAGUGGGCUUAGUAUUCUCAUCUUGCCGUGGCAACUUUCGGGAGAAGUGUAUCCGCCAGUAGGCCGUGGUUUAGCGACCGGUAUUUCAGCAGCUUGGACGCAUUUAGUAAUUUCAGCACUGAUCAAAUCAUACCUGUACAUGAAGGCUUGGGUUGGUUUCAGCGGUGUUAUGUACCUCCAUUGUGGAUGUGUAGUCAUAGGUUUUGUGUAUCUUUAUUGCAAUUUACCGGAAACGGAGGGAAAAAGUCUUGAGCAGAUUGAAACCUACUUUACGAAAAAUGUUUCUCGAAGAGAGAAAUUCUCUAUAAGUAAAGCGACUAAUAAGAGUAAAUCAUUGCGCGGUGACCAAAGGCUGUGAUUUUCAAUUGAAAGAUCUCACAAAAAUAAAAAAGGCAUUAAAUGGCUGAGGUCAAAAAUGGGUCUUACUACUCGUUUGAAAAUCUCUGUAUGCUUAUUUGUUCAAGAAAACGAACCAAAACAAAUCUUUGAAAUGAUUGAAUCAUUGAGAACAAUUCACCAAAAACUUCAAGAAAAAAAAAUGAAGGAAAAUUGGUUGGUUUAUUUAAAAAAUAAAACACUGACCAAAAUUGCAACGCCAUAAUUGAAGUUACGCAUUUUUCGACUUUAGCCACUGGCCCACUGCAUUUCAAAGUGUUUGUUUAAAAAAAAAAAAAAAAAAAAAAAAAAAAAAAAAAAAAGAGCAGAUUCCAAACUAAGUUUGCAGACAGAGAUUUGUCAUUUUAAUUCAUAUUCUAGUAGCUAACAUUCGGAAUCUGGACUUCACAGUGUUCAAACUUUUAAAACCCCCUUGUUGUACCAAUACCUAUGUUAAUUUUUAAUUUUGUCAAAGUGUUGAGUGUGUUUGUUUUCAUUAUCCUCCAGAUAAAAAACCAGUGGCACCACAGUCAAAAUCGCUCUGCAAAUUUUUUAAUGCAUGUAGAAUUUUUAAUUGAAUAUUUCAAAUAUUUUUUUCUUCUUACGAGAUGCCGAGAUAUUGUUCAAAGAGAUAAUUUAAAAUCUAAGAACGGCUACUGAUCACUCGUAAAGCUUGCUUUUUGAGUUUGAUUUAUUGAAAUGACUCCUAAAAAGCUGGACUAAAAAAGUUGGCAAUGAGCAGAACUUAAGAUACCUACUGAUUGGAAUGCUGGUCAAAGGAGUUGGCGAAUGUUUACAUACCCUUACUUUUUACUUGAAUAGAAUCACCCCUGUAACUUAAUGAUAGUAAGAUUGAUUUUUUAGCUGUGUGAUAAUACCUACUUAUUUUACAUACGGUGUAACCACUUCAUGUCAGAGCACAGACACGGUAAUUUAAUUUACUUGAUUGACACAAUUUUUCAAGAUUUCCAUAAUUGUUCCUUUUAAUUUUAAGAGGUCAGUAUACAUGGUAGAUGCAGAUAAGAAAACAUUAAAAUGAAUUUUGAGCGUGGAAUUUUUUUAUAUUUAGUGACAUUUUUGUCGGGCCUUGCAGAAAAAAAGUUCCCGAUAAAUUUCCGUAAAACAUCAACGGAGAACAUGAAAACUUCAAAUCCAAGUAUAUGUGACGUCCGCCGGUGGUAGUGGAUAUUCUUUUAUUUUCUUGUGUUGCACAUGAUUUUAUUAACGUCUUUUUCAAAACUUCCCAAUUCGAUAGAAUUUUUUAAGCAUCUUAAGCUCGGUAAUUGAUUUAAAGUUUUGCAAAAUUCAGGAAAACAACAAAAACACAUCUCGUUUCGGCCUAUCAUGGCCUCAAAGCCAAACCGUCUUCAUUUAAAAGUUGAACAAUUCCUGGAUAGGCCACACCACACCAAGUACUGUGAUACAUUUUGACCAAUUAAUAUAAUCAAGCCGUGUACUCUGUACUAGCUGGUAAGUUACGUAAAUGUUCAUGGGUAGAAUCAAUUAUUCAUAAAUAUUAAUUUAAUCAUUGCAUUUAUUUGUAUACUUUACAUGUUAAUUUUAAGGACAGUAAAGAAUAAAUCCACAUUUUUUA